AUAUAAUAACACAGGAUGUUAUAACUUGCGAUGCGGUGGUUUUAUCCAAACCAGCCGCACGAUUGUGGUUGAGGGGGCCAUAUCUCCAACGUCUGUUGUAGGAGGUACCCAAGUCGAUCUGACUUUCAAGAUAUGGAAGGAUCAGAAGGUUGGGAGUUGGUGGCUGGCUGUAGGCCUUGGACAUGGCGUCUUGGAGCCGGUCGGAUAUUGGCCGGAAUUUCUUUUCAGCCUCCAAAAGGAUUACGCACAUAAAGUGGAGUGGGGCGGGGAGAUCACAAACAUGCGUACUUUUGGCCGGCACACGACAACGGAGAUGGGGUCGGGAUAUUUCCCCGACAGCGGUUUUGGAAAAGCCGCAUAUAUGCGAAACAUAGAAGUUUCAUUGUCCGGAGAAGGUUUCCAGUCGCUUCAAGAUCUUGCAGUGGGAGGAUCUAACCCGACUUAUUACCGAGCCAAGAAGUCCAACAACUCAGAGUUCGGGACGCAUUUCUUCUAUGGUGGGCCGGGAUAUGCUACUGCAGCUCACCUGACAUGGGACUCUACCCUUCUAUAUCUAUGUUUCUGCUUGUUGUUCUUGGUUGUUUAGUUUUUUUUUUUUUUUUUCGGUUUGUUUUAUGUUAUUGUUUCUUAUGACUUAAAAACGGUUUGUUGAAAAAACUUGGCAGUGUUUGGUUGUUGUACUUGCUAACA